CUGGCCCGGCGACCUGUUGGAGUGUUGAGAUGCUGAGGACCUCGCGCCCCGGAGCUUACUUUCUUUCCGACUGUGCGGCUUUGCUGACCUCAGAGGCUUUUUGGGGUUUCCUCAGAGUGUCCUGUGACUGCGAGCUAUGUGGAGUGACGCGCAGUGGGCUCUCAAGUAAUCGUGGAAGCCCGGAGAACAACUUUGCAAGAUAACAGACAAUGCCCUGGAGUGGAUGCACAGUGCGCCCUCAGGGGAGCUAGAGGCUGCGGGGAAGAUCGCCCUCGCCGAUGCUGAGUGUUCAUUCCAGCAUGUCGGAAGGGGAGUCCCAAACAGUAGUCAGCAGUGGCUCAGACCCAAAGGUAGAAUCCUCCUCCUCAGCUCCUGGCCUGACUUCAGUGUCACCUCCUGUGACCUCUACCACCUCAGCUGCUUCUCCUGAGGAGGAAGAAGAAAGUGAAGAUGAGUCUGAGAUCUUGGAAGAGUCACCCUGUGGUCGCUGGCAAAAGAGGAGGGAAGAGGUGAAUCAGCGUAAUGUUCCAGGUAUUGACAGUGCAUACCUGGCUAUGGAUACAGAGGAAGGUGUGGAGGUUGUGUGGAAUGAGGUACAGUUCUCUGAACGCAAGAACUACAAACUGCAGGAGGAAAAGGUCCGUGCAGUGUUUGAUAAUCUGAUUCAGUUGGAACAUCUUAACAUUGUUAAGUUUCACAAGUAUUGGGCUGACGUUAAAGAGAACAAGGCCAGGGUGAUUUUCAUCACAGAAUACAUGUCGUCUGGAAGCCUUAAGCAGUUUCUGAAGAAGACCAAAAAGAACCACAAGACUAUGAAUGAAAAGGCUUGGAAACGCUGGUGCACACAGAUUCUCUCUGCCCUAAGCUACCUGCACUCCUGUGACCCUCCCAUCAUCCAUGGGAACCUGACCUGUGACACCAUCUUCAUCCAGCACAACGGACUCAUCAAGAUUGGCUCUGUGGCUCCUGAUACUAUCAACAACCAUGUGAAGACUUGCCGGGAAGAACAGAAGAACCUACAUUUCUUUGCACCAGAGUAUGGAGAAGUCACUAAUGUGACAACAGCUGUGGAUAUCUACUCCUUUGGCAUGUGUGCACUGGAGAUGGCAGUGCUGGAGAUUCAGGGCAAUGGAGAGUCCUCAUAUGUGCCACAGGAAGCCAUCAGCAGUGCCAUCCAGCUACUAGAAGACCCACUACAGAGGGAGUUUAUUCAAAAGUGCCUGCAGUCUGAGCCUGCUCGAAGACCAACAGCCAGAGAACUUCUGUUCCACCCAGCACUGUUUGAAGUGCCCUCACUCAAACUCCUUGCUGCUCACUGUAUUGUGGGACACCAACACAUGAUCCCAGAGAACGCUCUAGAGGAGAUCACCAAAAACAUGGAUACCAGUGCUGUACUAGCGGAAAUCCCUGCUGGGCCAGGACGAGAACCAGUUCAGACUUUGUACUCUCAGUCACCAGCCCUGGAAUUAGACAAAUUUCUUGAAGAUGUCAGGAAUGGGAUCUACCCUCUGACAGCCUUUGGGCUACCUCGGCCACAGCAGCCACAGCAGGAGGAGGUGACAUCGCCUGUUGUGCCCCCUUCUGUCAAGACUCCAACUCCUGAGCCAGCUGAGGUGGAGACACGCAAGGUGGUGCUGAUGCAGUGCAACAUCGAAUCAGUGGAGGAGGGAGUCAAACAUCAUCUAACACUUCUGCUGAAGCUGGAGGACAAGCUGAACCGGCACCUGAGCUGUGACCUGAUGCCAAAUGAGAACAUCCCGGACUUGGCAGCUGAGCUGGUGCAGCUGGGCUUCAUUAGUGAGGCUGAUCAGAGCCGCCUGACUUCUCUGCUCGAGGAGACCCUCAACAAGUUCAAUUUUGCCAGGAACAGCACCCUCAACUCAGCCGCUGUCACCGUCUCCUCAUAGAGCUCACUUGAGCCAGGCCCCUAUCUGAGUGUGGCUGUCUCUGGACAUGCUGCAGUCCUCCUGUCCCUUCUCCCCAGUCAGUAUUACCCUGUGAAGCCCCGUCUCCCCUUAUUAUUCAGGAGGGCUUUAGGGGCUCCCUGGUUGAGCAUCAUCCUGCCCCUACCCCUCUCUUCCUCCCCUCUGCACUUUGUUUACUUGUUUUGCACAGACGUGGGCCUGGGCCUUCUCAGCAGCCACCUUCUAGCUGGAGCUAGUAGCUGACCUGCUGGCUCCUGCCCUGCCUGUGUGGACAGGAGGCCCACGGGCACUGGGGGAGCAGAGUUCUACAAUCCCGCUGGGGCGGAUGGGCGGGAGAGAAAGGUGGUGCUGCAGGGGUGGCCCCGGGGGCCAUUCGAAUCGCCUCAGUUGCUGCUGUAAUAAAGUCUACUUUUUGCUAAAA